AGCAGUAUGGCGCAGAAUCGCAUGCACAGUCGAUUGCACGACGUUGAGAUGGUUUAGUGCCGCCUGUAACUUCGUGUUAGAAAGGUGAGCAUUCAAUGGUCAACGUCAACGAAUUGGACGCCGAUUCCAUUUGUACAAAAUGAGAAUACAUAUCCAAGAACACAGGAAAACGAUGAAAUCGUAACAGCCGGGUCAAACAAUUUUCAACCGAACCGCCAUUCCGUGACAAAACCCGAAGAUGCCGUUCACGGCCGAUGCCGCGGCUAGCCAGAUUCAGGAGCGGCUGAAGAAUCUCUACCACCUAGUGCACGAGAUCGAGACGCAGCGGGUGCGAUCGGAACACAAUUUGAACAACAUCAUAAAGACCUACGACAAGGUGACACCAGAGGACAAGGUGUCGCCCUACUACCAGCAGAAGCUGAAGAACUUGUACAGUGCAGCGGUGGGGGAUGCCCAACAAGAGGAGGAGAUUCUGCGCAAGGCGUUGGGAAAGAUCAACGAAAUUCGGGCGAUCAGGAACGAGCGACGUAUACAGGCCCGCAACGCCGGCAAUAAAGAAACGAUCAGGCGCGGUGCUCUGAUGAAAAUGUUGUUGAGCACCGCGCAGACCUUGCCGCUCUAUGUAGGGAAGACGCCAGGAGCGAAACCGCCACCCCUCUGCGGAGCGAUUCCAGCGGAGCCAACAUACAUAGCAAAGAUGGGCGACAUGGUGGCGGCCUUGGUGAAAGGAUCCGAGGAAGAAGAGAACUGGAUCUUAGCGGAAGUGGUACAGUUCAAUCCCACCACGAACAAGUACGAAGUGGACGAUAUCGAUGAGGAGCAAAAGGACAGGCACACUCUGUCGAGGAGAAGAGUGGUGCCACUACCGUUGAUGAGAGCCAACCCAGAGACUGAUCCCCACGCCCUCUUCCCGAAAGGGUCUAUCGUGAUGGCGUUAUAUCCUCAAACGACCUGUUUCUACAAGGCUGUGGUGAAUCAAUUGCCUACCACCGCCACGGAAGAAUACGAGGUUCUAUUCGAGGACGCGACCUACGCGGACGGCUACUCCCCCCCGUUGAACGUUGCUCAGCGUUACGUGAUCUCGAUCAAGGAGAGCAAAAAGAACAAGAGCCAAUGUUGAACGAUACCACUGCUACAGUAUUAUUACCCCAAUUCUCGCGCUUGUUGCUGGUAGUACCUUUCGUUUUUAUAUCGUGGAUGUUUAUUGGAAAUAAAGUUCAUGAUUUUCAACUGCCGAUAUGUUACUGUGGACAUGGACAGAGGAGGGCAACACGGACGUAGCUAUCCGAACCUUCUAUUAACGCCGAUCCUCAACUGAGAAACUUGGCGCGGAUUCUGUUCCAAUGUAAUUAUUCCGUUGCCACGUAUCGGUAUUUUUAUCGGAACCGCGUGGAUUGUCGUUAAGCUGGAUCUCGUACGGCGAUCCGGGAAAUAAGCACGUACUGACAGUUAGGGCCCCAUUUCCGCGAUAUUCCUCCUUCCCGGGGGGUAAUUGGCGUACAUUAUACGACGAUAAUAGCGGCAGCCUUAUACCAUGCGGGUGGACCUUAACCUGGUCCCGCCUGACCUUUCGUGGAAUCGGUUCUCCGUGACUGUCCGACCGGGCAAUUUCUUCCUGUACGGAAUAAAUCUUCUCCUUCGAGCUAGCACGACGAAGACAGGGGGUGCGGAGGACGAGGGGUGGGACUGUGGAGGGAAUAAGAGAACUGGUUUCGACGCAAGCGAGAUUGAAAGGCGAAAAAGAGAGCGCGGAGCGAAAGAGAGUGCCGUUCAAUAAUUGAUUCAAUAAUCGGUGGCUGCCGCCAGACAUCAAAGAGACUCAGUACUCGCUUCGAACCUUCGACAGAUAGGAUGGCCAAUCUUCGUUUAUUAUUUAGUCUAACUAGCCCUGCGUGAAAUAUCGUAAAAAACGCGACAUUCGGUUUUUAACGUAUCAACACGUACUUCAUCGUCGAACACUUCGCCAAAAAAUUGUUUCGGUUACUUUUAAUCGCUUUCAGGAAAAAUUAUAUGUGGAUUGCGAGGGGAAUAGACUAAGUGUAAGCGUGUUUGUUAACGACUUAUGUAGAUGUAAGAAUUUUAUAGUCUGCGCCUCUUAUUUCUCUUGAUGAAAUAAAAAAUGUUGGUGCUUACCUUGCUUUUAUUCUUUCGCGAUCGUUAUCACGAUAUAGUGUAAAAAGCGUCAUAACGUCUAAGGUAUAUUUUUAGAAGCUUAGAUUAGUAUUGCAUUACUUUAAAGUUAUAUUCAAUUUGGAAAUUGCAUGCACUUUUGAAAUUCUGUAUAUAAUUUUACUUCGUAGAUAUAUUAAAUAUGUUUCCAUCAUGCGAAGUCUUUGUUACAGACACUUGUAUGGAAUAUUGUAACGUAUGCAGCAUUUACUUCGAUUUAUGUUAUAUGAACUUGGGUAAGCUUUAGUAAUAUACACAUAAUUAUAAUUACCUGCCUCUAUUUUCAUGUCUGUAUUUAAUGUCUUCGCGUGAACUGAGCAUUUUUCGGGAUCAUUUAUUUAUGUACAAAUUUUAGAAUAAUCAUUUGAUUCAUACUGAAAUCUACUUAUUAAGAUUUAUGCGUCAAUUAAAAAUCUCAGGAAUAAUGAAUGACGAUGAUUAUAUGUAUGUUGAAGUUUAUCAUUCUCUACUUGAUAAAUAUAAUAUCAUAAAUCAUUUGGUAAUUCAUGUUAAUUUAAAUACCUCGAACAUUUUUACUUGUUGUUUAAGCAUUUUUGCACAGCCAGUACUUCUCA